UGCCUGACCAGAUGCCAUACAUGACACAGAGUGUCCCUUGCCUGUAUAUUUUCCAAGGGGAAUGCCAGUAGCCUACACAGUGGUGAGGGACAUUAGAGUUGGGCCUUGACUGGCCUCUGCAGAGAAGCAGGGACUGAACUCGCUGCUGGGAGAGAAGCAGCUGUGUAUCCAGCCUUGGAGAGCCCCGUGGAGGCUGGAAGACCAAGGAUACAGGAGUCCUGGAAGGCCCUGGCCCUCACCAGGUCAGAGGGCCCCUGGAGGAAGCAGCUGGCGCCUGGAGACCCAGAACCCCGAGUGAGGACAGCGCCAGUGGACAAGGACAGCGCCAGUGGACAGAACAGCCUGCGCCAGGAUGAAGGCACUCGGGGUCGUCCUCCUGGUCUUGCUGCUAAGUGGACAGUCAGGGUGGGCCCAAGAAGAAGAUGGAGAUGUGGACUUGGGGCCAGAGAGCUACGGCUACGAUGAUGACUAUGAAGAGGAGGAAGAGGAGACCAACAUGAUCCCUGGAGGCAGGGACAGAGAGUACUUGCAGUGUUACACCUGCCAGUCAAUACACAGCGGAGAGAGCUGCAACCAGAUACAACGCUGCUACCACAAGACCUUCUGCACCACGUUCAUCUCUCAUGGCAACACUGACCAAGGUCUCCUGACGACCUACUCCAUGUGGUGUACCGAUACCUGCCAACCCAUCACCAAGACGAUAUCUGGCACCCAGAUGACGCAGACCUGUUGCCAGUCUGCCCUGUGUAAUAUUCCACCCUGGCAGAGCCCCCAAGUCCAGGACGCUCCGGCUGCUGGGGCAGGCAGCCCCGUGGAGGGUGGGGUCAUAAAUCCUCCAGAUGUAAUUGCAGGUAGACCCCUAGAUGUCGCAGUCAGACAUCCUCAAGGUGACAGGGUUGGCCACCCCCCCCAGGUCAAGUCUGCCAAUCCUCAGGGUGGUGGGGCUGGCUCGCCCAAGGGUGGCAAGAAUAACGAGCCCCAGGGCAGUAGGUCAGGAUGCCCUCCAGGCUGGGCCAAAUUUGGUGAUACAGCCCUCCUGCUCAGCCUCCUCACUAGUCUAUGGGCAUCAGGAGCCUGAAGACCUUGCCCUCUUCCUAGCAGGAUAUCCUGGUCUCCCCCUCCCCCACAACCAGCUUCAGAGAAUAAACUUGAAUUUCUUUUGCAACCCA